AGAAAUGAAAAAAAGAAAGAAAGGGGGAAAGAGGGAACGGGAGAGCAGAGGGGAACAGAGAUCGGUGAGGGAGAAGAGUAGAGGGAGGAGCUACAUCGCCAUCACCGGCCUUGGGCUCGCCGCCGUUCAUACCCCGUUGCGUCACCACCCAGCCGUCUCCAGCCCACCGCCAGUCGCUGUUGUCGUCACCAAGGGAGGAGAGAGAAAGAGGCAAAUGCGAGGAGAGAGAGAGAGGGAGCUCGCGAGGAAGCUGCUGCCGUCGAAGCUGGGUUCGUCGUUGCCGUUGGAGUCCGCAUCACUAUCGAACUUGCUGCUGUCGCCGAGGGGAAGCCCGUCGCCGCUAGCUUCGUCGGAUCUCCGCCGCCAAACCCGUCUUUGCCACCGCCACUGGAAGCGCAAAGAGAGAACACGCGAGGAAAACUGUCGCGGAGCUGCCGUCGCUGCCGCGUUGCUGGGCUCACCGUCGUCCUGCCCGCGCAGCUGCUGCGUUGCCAGAGCUCUUCGCCGCUGCUGUUGACGGCGGAAACCGCCUUCCAAGCCUGUGUCUGUUGGUUAUAUGGUCACCAUGAGUUUCUCUACCGCCGUCCAAGCUGCCACCAGAAGGAUCCACCAUAGCCUCCUCUGUUCUUGUCUUCGAAUUAGAACUGCCAUUUUCCACUGAAUAUGUAACUCCUCUAUCCUUGCUUUGCUGCCAUUUUAUUCCUCUGCUAUGAUCUUUUAAUUAUGACCGCGUAUGUCUCUAUUUUAAUUCUGCUAAGGUCUGUUUGAAAAAUUUAAAUGGGUGUUGCUGCCACCGGUUCGGUCACAUUGGAAUCAUUGCUGCUGCCAUAAAACAGAAAGGGAAGGGAGUUACUAUGUUUAACCUGUGUGAAUUCAGC